CCACGCUGGUGGUUAAUACCGUUGAAGAGAGUUUUCAUUGCGACAUAAUCCCCCCGAAAACAGCCCACUCAAGAUGAAAGCGUGCUGGAAUUUCUUGGCUGCCGCGAUGGUAAUGCUGAUUACGGUCGCUUCUGGGCUGAGACCGCCGAGGUCUUAUUAUCGGCGUAGCUAUUUCAGUGCAAUGGCCCCGGGAUCUGGGCAUGGCUCGGGUUCUUUGCCAGGACCCGUGAGACUAGGACCUGCUGGAUACCUGCGUUCGGAUCUGCAGACCAAUGAGAGCAAGCACCGGCCCUUGAGCAAGAAGUAUCCCAAGAAGAGUCAUUACAGACCGUAUGGAUCGCAAGAAGAGGAUGAAUACUCCGGUGAGCGCUACAAUUCCGCCGAAUAUUCCGGGGAGUCAUCCGUGCAGGACAGUCGGGAGUACACCAUUGGCACCCAGAUCAGAGUCCAGCAUCCCAUCACAGUGCCCAAGAAGUCCAGUAAUUCCGGUUACCAGAAACAGCCAAAAUACGUAACUGCCAUUCCGUAUAAGGCCUCGGGCUAUGGAUCGGAUAUUCAUAAGGCCACUGGUUAUGGAUCUGAUGUUCACAUUGGAUCUGGUGAGGAUGUCGGUCCCCCUCCAAAAAGAUCAAAAUGGAAUCCAGUGCAAUACGAAGCGGAAGCCGAUCCCUUCCACCUAGUGCCUCCCCCCAAAGCAACCGUCGCCUCUAGCAGCAAUUCAUACAGUGUUUAUGAGCCCGAGCACGAUGACUACGAAGUAGUGCCUGUGCAUCGACCCAAGAGUCACGAUCGCUAUAAGAAUGUUGCCUCCAAGAAGCAGAUAGAGGCGUACCUGGAAGAUCAGCAAAAACUGCUUGACGAGGCCAUCAAAGUCCAGCUGCUGAACAAUCCCAAGCUGCAGAAAUUCCUCAAGGCUCAGGCGCAGGAACAGGAGCGUGAGUCCCGGCCAGAUCUUGAGAUCGAGGACUUCGAGGCGUAUCCUCCGAACUUUUCCGGUCCGGGACACCUGCGCGGCAAGUACAUCGAGCACCCGCCACCUUCUCCGCCAAAGGGUUCCCGAUCUCGUCGGCGCCCUCCAAGCGGAGAUCUCAACCGGCCGCCCAAGACCAUCAUCAAACCCAAACGAAAGUACCGAUCCACGGCACUCGUCAUCAACGUAUGA